AUGGCGACCAGCGAGCAGGUGGCGGCGCCGCCUCUGUGGCCCAUAGAGGCCCGGUUGGCGGCGCUGCUUCCCGACUUGCUGGUCUUCAGGAAGCCCAGGGGGUCGGAACCCGAGCUCGCCACGGCCCAGGGCGUCCUCCUCGGUGUCCACGUGACGGGGUUUACAGCAUUGAUGGACAGGUUCAGCCUGACCUGCAAGUCGGAACGUGACAUGGACAAACUGGCCCACAUCUUCAGUUAUUACAUUAGUGACAUCGUGGAGCAUGUGCUCUGUUUUGGAGGGGAUAUCCUAAAUAUCACAGGGAAUGUGCUCCUGGCACUCUGGACAGUGGAACAGAAUCAACUGAGUGACAUCAUUACUCUGGUGGCAAAAUGUAGUCUGGAGAUACAGGAGAAAUUUGGGAUCUACCAUACCAAAGAAGGCCACGACCUGCAGCUAAAGAUAGGUCUGUCUGCAGGUCGGAUUUCCCAGGUUAUUGUUGGAGAUGAGCAGCGACAGUACCUCUUGGUGAUUGGGCGAGAUGUAGACGAUAUCCAGUUAGCUCAGCGUUUUGCUCAGGCAAAUGAGAUUGUCUUGUCCUGGAACUGUUGGAAGCUCUGUGAGCAGUAUAUGUUUGAAGUGGAAAUCAUGAGGGAGGAUGAAGCUGUGAAGUUAAGAGAUAUGCGGAUCAUUGACCCAUUUGAUUUUGAUGAGCAUUUUGACAAGUGCCUCGAUUAUCUGCCACAUUACCGGACAAGUGCUGACACUCUAAGAACUGCCCUGGAGUUGGAUCCAGACUCCGCACUUGAGCAAACCCUGCGGAAGCACAUCAUGAAAAACCUUUUGAAGAAGAUUGAUGAAGGCCAACCUAUGGAGUAUAUAUCUGAAUUCCGUACCGUGACUAUGGUUUUGGUCAGCCUAGAGUUCCACAAGACAGCAUGGAUGUUGCAUUUGUGUCAUCUUAUCCAGGAGGCUGUCUUAUACAUCUCAACAGUCAUAGAGAAGGGGGGUGGCCAGCUGAGCCGGAUCUUUAUGUUUGAGAAAGGCUGCAUGUUUCUCUGUGUUUUUGGCCUUCCUGGGGAUAAGAAGCCAGAUGAGUGUGCACAUGCCCUAAAGAGCUCCUUCAGCAUCUUCAGCUUCUGCUGGGAGAAUCUUGCUGAGACCAAGUGAGGAGGAAGGUGGGGCAGAGAGGAGCUUCUCAGGCCCCAGGGGGCUCUUCCGGCAGGGUAGGAGGCAGUAGCAAGUAGCAGGGAUUGAGGGCGUCCACAAUCUGCCUACAGGGGAGAGAAUGUGCCAAGUCAGAAAACAAGAUCUAUUAAGAAGUCACUAGGUACAGAACUAUGUUCUAGGUACCCAGAGAAAAUAAAGAUGUUUCCAUCCAUUGGGGUGGGAGAGGGGGAAGAAUAGAAUACACAUGGCAAGAUCAAGAACACUGCAAAGGAACUAGCAAAUGUGUAAAUUAAUAUAACACAAAUAAUACAUCUGUAUGUGGAUGGAAUGCCGAACAAAGUCUGCCUGUCUACAGGGAGGAGAAGUGUGGGAAGAGAGGUUGUAGGGCAAUUACCUAGAAAGGAAAGGACCUAUAAAUGAUGAAUAGAUUUGAAAAAGUUAUUUCUAAUGUUAACAUCAAGUCGAA